UAUUUGAAGAUCUCUGCAGCAGUCAGCAGUGAUAGCAGUAUGUUUACAAGCAGACGUUUGUUUACCGUCUUGUGCGGAAGGAGGUUUAAUAAUGCAAAAUUCACGCGCAACAAUUUACUUCAGUAUCGUUUGGACAGUCAUCCGACAGCAUUCAAAAGCACAAUGGGAAAUGGGAAGUCUAAAUAUGAACUCUCAGCAGCAGCAGCAGAAGCAGCGGGCUCAGGAAGCGCCCAAAAGGCAACGCAAGAUGAUUUUGUGGAAGAAGUUGUUUGCCAGGCAUCAGACAUCAAUGACAAUGAAAUGAAAUCAUUUGAAGUGGGUGGCGGAAAAGUGCUGCUGGUAAAGCAGGGCGGUAAGCUGUCUGCAAUUGCCAACAAGUGUUCACAUUAUGGAGCUCCUCUAUCUUCUGGGGUCUUGGGAGAUGGACGUGUCCGUUGCCCCUGGCAUGGAGCUUGCUUUAAUGUUCAUACAGGUGACAUUGAAGAGUUUCCUGGUUUGGAUAGUGUUCCAUGCUUUAGUGUGAGAGUAACAUCAGAUGGUGGUGUUGCUAUUAGAGGAAAACGAAGUGAUCUGAAAUCUGGAAAGCGAGUGAAGCCAAUGCAGACUCGUGAUCCAGUAAACCAAGAUACUUUCGUUAUUGUUGGAGCAGGUGCAGCUGGUAUGUCUUGUGCUGAGACUUUAAGGCAGGAGGGUUUCAGGGGCCGGCUGGUUCUUAUAACAGCUGAGAGGUAUCCACCUUAUGACCGCAUCAAGCUUAGUAAAAUGUUGGAUGCAACCAUUGAUAAGUUGGCAACGAGGCAAGAUAGUUUUUAUCAGGAAUAUAAUAUUGAACUCAUGCUGUCAACUGAAGUCACUGGUUUGGACACGCAUCACAAGCAGCUGAAAUUGGGAAGUAAUACUCUGAACUACACGUCCCUUUUUUUGGCUACUGGUGCAAACCCACGUGUACCUUCAAUUCCAGGAAGUACAUUGGAGAAUGUAUUUGUUUUACGGUCAAUUGAUAAUGCUAAUUCCAUCAAUCAGGCACUUGGUAAAGAUAAAAACGUAGUCAUCCUAGGCGGUUCCUUUAUAGGAAUGGAAGCAGCAGCUUACUGUGUGAAGAAAGUUCACUCAGUUACUGUGGUGAUUCGUGACAGUGUCCCAUUCAAAGCAUCACUUGGUGAGGCAGUCGGUGGCAGAUUGAUGGCUUUUGCUCAGGAGAAUGGUGUCCAGUUUAUCACUGGGAGUGGUCUAACAGAACUCCGCCCUGAUGAAAGUGGCAAAAAAGUAGCAGCUGCCAUAACAAAAGAUGGAAGAGAGCUUCCUGCUGAUGUUGUUAUCUUUGGUGUUGGUGCUACACCUAGUACUAACUUCCUUAAAGGCUCUGAUGUGAAUGUUGCUCCAUCUGGAGUUAUUCCAGUGGAUGAGUACCUGCGGACAAAUGUUGACGGUGUGUAUGCCGGUGGGGAUAUUGCAAUGGCUCCAGUCCUGGGUGGUGAACAAGCUGCUAUAGGCCACUGGCAGCUUGCACAACACCAUGGUGCUCAUGCUGCCCGCAACAUGCUUGGUGCUGUCAAGCAUCUGAAGACAGUGCCAUUCUUCUGGACAAUGCUGUACAACAAAGGAGUGCGCUAUGCUGGCUACGCUCCUUCAUAUGAAGACGUUAUGAUAACAGGCAGCCUGCAAGACUUAGCAUUUGUGGCGUAUUAUCUGAAAGGUGAUAAUGUACUAGCCAUUGCCACAAUGGGCCGUGAUCCUUUGGCAGCAAAGUUUGCUGAGCGGUUAAAUUCUGGGCGAAGCCUAACUAGAUCAGAAGCUGAGGGUGAUGCAUGGGUUAAUGAGGCGUGAUUACUGGAUUAAACUGAACAUGAAUGAUGCCAAACUGAUGCAUUUAUACUUGGUGCUGACAUAGUUCACAAAAAAUAUAAUAUACUUAGAGCUGGUGCUAGCAUGUGCAAUCUUUUGUGUUCCUUCAGUUAAUUUAGCAUUUUUCAGAGGCACUGAUAAAAAGUGCCUCACAUUUUGUGCCUUGUAAGAUUUCUUUGUUCAUGUCACUGCAGUUCUGAAGCUUCUUAAUGCAGUAUUUUCCCUGUGUGUGAAGCAUUCCACAAACACCAACAAGUUUAUAUGGCAACAACUUGUAAGACUACAGUUAAUUAUUCUGCUAUGAUAUAUUUAAUGAAGUAUUGAAACAGCAGCACAUUUCAUCUGUACUAUGUGAUACUGUGGAAAAUCUGAAACCGAUAUUUUAAGUGGGAAGCUUUGGUAAUAUUUAAAAUUAAAGGCAUGCUUUUAGUUAGUUAACAUACCUUGUUUCAGCAUCAUAGAAUAAAAUAUUGAAUCUCAAGCUUCAGGAACUUAAGCUGAGCAAAUGGGGAAAUUUUGAAAUUAAAGGAUUUAGAAUGCUUGUAAGAGAGAGAGAGAGAGAGAGAGAGAGAGAGAGAGAGAGAGAGAGAGAGAGAGAGAACAGUAGAAACUCGCGGUAUGAAUACAAAUAAUGAAAGGUGUAAAUCAACUUUAGCUAGCAGAUAACACUAUGUAGUGCAUCUACAUCUAAAAGAGCAGAAGUUAUGUGUGAAGUUAACAUUUGCUGAAAGAAUUUAGAAUGUGUAUUAUUUAUUGAAGUGUUUGGCAUCUUAAAUAGUGUGGUAUGCUAGCUGAAGUUGGAGACCAAGAAGCAAUCUGUACCAGUCAACAUUUUUUCCUUUUUUUUUAAAGCUACUCUUGUCAACUAUUUUGCUGAUAGCCAUCUUGAAGUGUAGUAGUACACACACUUAGAUGACUUCGUUGACCUGGAGUUAGUGCUGGGAAAAGUAUAGUAAUGAUUACAAUCUUGUUUGUGUUUGUUGAUGACUAAAUGCCUUAUUAUCCGAUGAAAAGAAAAAGGGGAGAAAAAAAAUCUGUGGAAGAAAUUUUGUUCUGAAAGCUGAAGAAUCCUCCAAAACUUCGUUUUUCUGUUGGCAUGGAGAUAGGUACUGUGGUUAACUCAUAUUAUGUACUUACAUCCAAUUACAAACCAGUCUGUGCUAAUUCUGAAUUCUUAGAAGUGCAAUGCAGGGCACACUCAGUGAAAAAGAUUUUACCCUUUCCCAUGUGACUGGGUGUUGCACUAUGCAGUGAAGCUGUAAGCUUUCAAAUGAAGAAAGUAAACAUUCUUUACAACUGCUACAUUUUAAAAAUGUUUCACAUGCUCCAUAAAGGGGACUGCACCAUUGAAUGUGGUCUCUGUUGAUUUGUUUCCACAAAAAGAAGUUGCUGCAAUGUAUGCUGGACACACAACUUUGCUACAAAGAAAGAUACUGAAUUUCUGGAAAUGCA